AUGAAGUACUCGAUUCUGGCUGCCUCUUUGGCUGCCAGCGCUGUCGCCAGCCCUUCUCACAACCACCACCACCACCACCACCACGCGAAGAAGGAGGCUGCCAAGGUCGAGAAGCGAGCGGCAAACGUUGUCACCACCGUCGUCGUCGGUCCAACCGCCACCCAGUACGUGCUCGAUGGCAAGCCUGUUGACCCUGCCGCGGCCAAGGCCGGUCUGGCUCAGGGCGAAUACGUUAUCGUCGGAGAGACCCAACCAACUUACGUCCCGCCGCCGCCGCCUCCUCCUGCUCCCUCAAGCACCUCUGGCGAUAUGAAGGCUCAGUUCAUUGAAGAGGCCGUUUCGACAGCUCCCGCGUCGACUUCGACCUCUAUCCCCCCGCCACCACCCGCGACCUCGGCCAAGCCCUCGACUAGCCAGGCGGCUCCCAAAUCCUCGGCCCCUGCCCAGCAGCCCUCAGGUGGUACUGGAUUGACCGCCAAUUUCCCUAGCGGCAAGAUUCCUUGCUCUCAGUUCCCGUCCGACUACGGCGCGGUGGCCCUGGACUGGCUGGGCACGGAGGGUUGGUCUGGUAUCCAGUACGUGCCUGGCUAUACUUUGGCUUCGACCGUUAUCAACGAAAUCAUCACUGCUGUUUCUGGUCAAGGCUGCAAACCGAAUGCCAUGUGCUCUUAUGCCUGCCCUGCUGGUUACCAGAAGACUCAGUGGCCCCAGGCUCAGGGCUCUACCUUGGAAUCCAUCGGUGGUCUCUACUGCAAUGCGGAUGGAAUGCUCGAGCUUACGCGCCCAUCGCACCCCACGCUUUGCCAGCAAGGUGCGGGCGGUGUGACCGUUCAGAACGAUCUUGAUGAUUCCGUUUGCACUUGCCGUACCGACUACCCUGGUAUUGAGAGCAUGGUUAUUCCCGCAUGUGCCAACGGCGGCGCAUCCAUUCCGAUCACCAACCCCGUUGAGUCCGACUACUAUGUCUGGGAUGGCAAGCAGACCUCCGCGCAGUACUAUGUCAACAAGAAGGGCUACUCAGCCGGCGAUGCUUGCGUCUGGAACAGUGCUAAGGACCCUAAGGGUGCUGGCAACUGGGCUCCCGUCAACCUGGGUGUGGGCAAGACUGCCGAUGGCACCACAUGGCUCUCCAUCUUCCAGAACCUGCCCACCAGCACUGCCCUGCUAGACUUCAACAUUGAGAUUACUGGCGAUGUCAGCAGCAAGUGCUCAUACAUUAACGGCGUCUGGACCGGCGGUAGCAAUGGUUGCACGACCUCGAUGCCCUCGGGCGGCUCCGCCAUCGUUCGAUACUUUUAA